AUGGAUUAUGUCGUCGUACAGAGCUCUUCCGACGCGUCGAAGAAUAACAGCGCUUCGAGUGCUCCUGCCACUGGUCCAACUGACGCCCAGGACCUCACGGUUUUCGUGCAAAGUUUGCUAGAGCAAAUGAAUGAAGACCUUGUGUUGGGUUUCCUUGACCUUAAGCGUAUUGUGUUUUCUUGCUAUUGCGGAUGUUUACUCGACGACAUGGGUUCGCGUAUUGAUGAGCUGGAAAAGUCGAUCGGAGGCUUGAUGGAGCAGGCAAACGAAGAUGGCAACGACAAGGAUCCGCGGGAAUCCACGGCCCCUACGCCCAAGGAAGAAUGA